AUGCGCCUCCUCGCUGGCCUGCUCUGCUGCGCCCCCGCCGUUGCUGCCCUCAAGUGUGCCGCCGACUACUCGCCCUGCUUCGCCGCUGGCACCGACCGGAAUGCCGUCCCGCCGUCCGUGGGUCCGGACAUGGCCGGCCUGUAUACCGAUCUUGUUGCCAGCGUGGAGGGCCACUCGCUCGAGCGCCGCGACGACAGUGACAAAGGCAGUCUGUGCUGCCGCUCGAGCAUGAAAUGUUUACUGCUGCGCAACCGCAAGCUUUCCUUCUGCUGGGACCGCUUCACCACCAACUACUACCUCCUCGACGGCUCCUACGGCUCCAUCACCACCGGCAUCUACAACGCCCCCUCGCGUGACACCGUGGACCUCAUUCGUGGCAACUUCACUCGCGCUGACGGCGCCACAGGAGACAUCUACGCCGCUGCCCCCCAGGACCGUCCCAACCUGUCCUCCCUCCGCCUCCCCAAGCCCUUCACCGCCAAGGGUGAGGGCACCGCUAUUCCGGGCAGCGAGCUCGGCGCACCCCCCGGCGCUAUCACCGCUUCUGCCUCUGGCGCCUCCCCCACCACGCCGGGCGCUGAAAGAACCGUGACCGCCACAGUUACCAAUCCCGCUGCCUCCGCCUCCAAGACGGGCGGUGCCGUUGCCCUGGUGAACCCGUCGGCCGCCCUCACGCUAUUAAUGGGCUCUCUCCUAGCCGUCUUGGCAGUGUAG